UGAUGUCGGAGUUGCUAUUUGAGUGCUAUGGUGUGCCAAGCAUAUCUUACUGUGUCGAUGGAAUGCUAAGUUACCACAGGAACAACCUAAACAGGCCAGAUGGGUUACUUGUCAACAUUGGCAAUUACACAACACAUGUAACCCCAGUUUUGGAUGGCUUUGCUGAUGCCAUGAACACCAGAAGGAUACGAAUGGGGGGGCUUCACCUCACCAAAUUUCUGUGGCGUUGGCUACAGCUUAGAUUCCCACAACACCUGAAUGCUGUUACUCUCUCCAGGGCUGAGGAGAUUCUUCACACUCACAUGUACAUUGCAGAGGACUACAUGCCUGAAAUUGCAAAUUGGUCUGAUGUCAAUUACUUUGAAAAGUUUGUGAGAAGAAUCCAACUUCCUUACGUAGCAGCACCAAUCAGCACGGUAUCAGUGGAGCAGCAGAGAGAACGACGGAAAGAAGCAGCCAGAAGAUUGGUGGAACUGAAUGCGAAGAAGAGAGAAGAGAAGUUGAUAGAAGAUGAGGCAGAACUUACACGUCUGGUGGAGCUUGAAGAAGCUAUGGAAGAGUUCACACCAGAUGAACCUGAAUACCAGCAUGCACUUGAGGAGGCUGAAGUGUCCUCCCCCGAGGAACUUACUAAGAAGAUCUCAGUCCUACAACAAAAGAUAGAUAAGACCCGUCAGAAAAUGUUGCAGGCUAGUAAUGCUGCUGCCGUUGAAGAGGAGGAGCCAAAACCUAAGAGAGUAUGUGAGGAAAUAAGUCCAAAGAAGAGAGCUGAUUUAGAGCAGUGGGUCGAGGAGGUUAAACAGCAGUGGCGUGAAAUUCAGGCUCGGAGAGCAGCAAGAAGACAUAAAAGGUAUGAGUUGUAG